AAAGGCCAACCAGUCAGACAACUUAGACGAUUGUGUAGAUAAGGUUGAGAAGACUUUCAGUCUUGUCCUGCAACUUCCAGUAACAUAGGUGAGCUGACGGAAAAACACAAGUUCAAUACAGAAGUAUCCGUUUCCCAUUUUAAAUGCAAAGAGAUGUCCCGUGUGCAGCUUCAGGUUGGUUUUGUAAAGUAUUUUUGUUCACCGCACUUCAUUAUUCAUUAGAUGGAUUUUACCACAAGGUUAUUUGUCUUCCAGGAUAACUGGAGUCAGUAUAAGAACAUUUGUCCAACUAAUAAUCCUCCUACUGACCUUAUUAUUAAAUUCAGUUCUAUAUUCAUAAAUCCAUUCCUACCUGUUGAUUGCAGCCAUCUUUUAGGUGUUUCAUUCUUCUACCUUAGGAAAACCGUACUUUUCAUUACUCUAAGUAUGCUGACGUGGACGUUACUGAAAUGGACAGUUAACAAAUGUUCCAACCAUAACAGAAAUUAAAAUGGUAGAUGAAUCUGUCAUGCUAAAUGCAGUUUUUAAUUCAGUAUUGCAUUGCUGAGCUUUUGUCUUUUUCCUGAUAUCUUACAUGUGAAUGAAAUCAGUGUCUCAUACAAAGAAACUGAUUUCAGACACACUGGGAAUGGUAUAUAUAUAUAUAUAUCUCAUCAGUAAAAUUAAUAUGUAUAUAUUUUAUUAGCUGAACUUUGAGCGUGCUUCGCGGCUCUGUAUUAAUAUAAGUGGCUUAUUGAUCACUGAAAUUCUGAGUAUCCCAGGGAUUGAGGUCAACAGGAUAAUGACUGCUUUUCGGAUCACUGGAAAGUCAUGCGUUAACAAGAUUUGUCUGGCAAUAUGAAUUGUGUGUCAGGAUUUAGCUGGUGACAUUGAGGUGGGAAAGUAAGGUUGAAGCAUGAACUGCACAUUGGACAUAUUGUAGAGCAACAAGUGCCCGUGGUAGCUGGAGUAAGGUAAUUGAAAAAGCAGAAUAAGAUGAGUGAACUGGACCAGUUACGCCAAGAGGCAGAGCAGCUCAAGAAUCAGAUCAGAGAUGCCAGGAAAGCAUGUGCAGAUGCCACACUAUCACAGAUCACAGCUAACAUUGACCCCGUUGGCCGAAUCCAGAUGCGUACAAGACGAACGCUGCGGGGCCAUUUGGCUAAAAUAUAUGCCAUGCAUUGGGGAACAGAUUCUAGGCUCUUGGUCAGUGCCUCUCAAGAUGGCAAACUUAUUAUUUGGGAUAGCUAUACCACAAAUAAGGUUCAUGCCAUUCCACUUCGAUCUUCCUGGGUCAUGACUUGCGCAUAUGCGCCUUCAGGAAACUAUGUGGCCUGUGGUGGCUUAGAUAACAUCUGUUCCAUCUACAACCUGAAAACACGUGAGGGGAAUGUACGUGUGAGCCGUGAGCUCGCUGGACAUACAGGAUACCUGUCCUGUUGUCGCUUUCUUGAUGACAACCAGAUUGUUACAAGCUCUGGAGAUACCACUUGUGCACUUUGGGACAUUGAGACUGGCCAGCAGACAACCACAUUUGCUGGACACACCGGUGAUGUCAUGAGCCUGUCACUCGCCCCUGACUCAAGGUUAUUUGUCUCUGGUGCUUGUGAUGCCUCUGCUAAACUCUGGGAUGUUCGAGAGGGCAUGUGCAGACAGACAUUUACUGGCCAUGAGUCUGACAUUAAUGCCAUCUGUUUUUUCCCUAAUGGAAAUGCCUUUGCCACGGGCUCUGAUGAUGCCACCUGCAGGCUGUUCGAUCUGCGUGCUGAUCAGGAAUUAAUGAUCUAUUCUCAUGACAAUAUCAUAUGUGGCAUCACCUCUGUGGCAUUCUCAAAGAUUGGCCGCCUUCUUCUGGCAGGAUAUGAUGACUUUAACUGCAAUGUGUGGGACACACUAAAAGCUGAUCGUGCUGGUGUGUUGGCUGGACAUGACAACCGCGUUAGCUGCCUGGGGGUUACUGAUGAUGGCAUGGCAGUUGCAACAGGAUCCUGGGACAGUUUUCUGAAGAUCUGGAAUUGAAGCCUGAAGAUGUUCAUUUAACUCCAAAGUUGACUGGAAGACCAUUACAACUUGAGAAUGUUCACAGCAUCUUCUUCAACACUGUUUAAACUGACUUGGACACCACAAAAACGAAGGGAAACCAAUGCCUUUCCUACACAAAGAAGAGCACAAUUGUUUAUCACCUAGUUAAGAAAGGAUCUCCUGUGGUAUCAAAUCCAAAACUUGUGCAUUCCUUCUUGGACCAUUUUAUGUUACCUUGAAAGAGAAAACAACACUAUCAUCCCAUGCAAAUGUGUGCGUCUUGAAAGCAAAUGUUGGAGUGUAAUUGUACAAAUUAUUUAACUUUUUUCCUUUUUUUUUCUUCUUUUUUUUUCUUUUUUUUCUUUUCUUCUUUUUUUUUUAAGAUUUCUAUUCUGAUGGUUUGUUAUUCUUGAUGGCUUUUUUUUUUUUUGUCAUAUUUCUUUAGUGGUUUUAGAUAUGUUUGAAUUACAGCUUGUCUUUCUAAUCCAGGUGAAUCAUAUAAGACAGAUGAGAAAAACAUGCAGAAGUAAAAAGCUUGGAUCAUAUUACACGAGCAGCUUUCAAAAUGUCCAUGAUGUAUUUAUAUACUAGCUGUUUUUGUUUCAUCACAGCCUUUUGCACAUGAAGCUUUGCCUCUCAACUAAUACUGUGUUAACUAACCAAGCACAUGCUAUAAGUUAUGAAUGCUCAUUCCAGUACAGAAAGAGUUAUUACCAGUAAAUUAUCCAGUUAAGCCCCUUAAUUCUUGUACAUGCCUUUGACUUUUGGUGGGAAGGGUUUGGUUUAGGGUGCUGAGGUAACUGAGGCAUGGCUCGAUUUUACUAUAUGAAAGGGGAUUUGUGUUUCGUAUCCACUUUGAGUGAAACACCUCACCUGACUUAAUAGACACUUCCUUUGCUUGGGACUGCAGUUGCAACUCUGUGAAUGAAAUGUACAAAAUCAAUGUCUGAAAAUAAUGGUCUGUUUUAAGUUAAGACAUUUAAUUUUGUCUGCCACGAGUUAAUUUAGAUGUGCAUGCUGUAGACUUGCUUUCAAUGGUGCAAAAAUCCUAGAUUUUUCUUUUGUUUCCAAAAAGGAGAGUAACCUGUUGAUUGAACUUAAUAGAGGCCAAUUUAUUUUUGGCUCAAACUCUGCAUACAUACAUCAUGUACUAAUACUGGUAACGCUAUGCACCAGAAUGAGCAAGAAUGGAAACAGACU